GAUAAAGACAUUUAUGAAUUCGAAACUGACACAGAUUCAACAAAUAGGAUCUUCUCACCAACACGGCAAUCAAAGGCGGGGCUUACCGGUCGAUGGUUUCUUCCGCGCAACUCCAAGACAGGCUCAAGAUAAAACAACUCCGGUUAUUUUUCUGCUUGACGCAUGGCGUGACAAGAUGAUAGCAGACCGGAUGUCAACGCUGUUCUGCAACUGUUGCGACUGGAGAGAUGUUUUGGGUGAUCAAGAAAGUGGUAGCUUUUUAGACCCGCCCUCCUCACAACACCCGAUACCGCCCCCUUCAACGUUAACCACACCCCUUCUCAGUAUAAAAAAACAACAACCGGACAGACCGAUCGGAACAUCCAUGCAACUUCACUGACCAGACUUUUAGCAUCUGAAACCAUGAACAACUACGCGGUUGAAAGAACUACAGCUUCAACAUCAUCGCAGCAUGGCUCCCCGGACAGCGAUAAAUUCUUUCCGGGACCGUACCACCCUCCUUUCCCCUCGCCAACCCCUGAAUCCUCUUCCGAACUCGACAGCGACAGCGAGAGUCUCCUCACAUCGCUGCAGAGGCGUAUCGACGACUGGGCUAAUGCCCCCGGAGGCGUGCAUGUACGACCCGAGUACUUUGUUUUACGGGAUGAGAAUUCCACGCUUCCAACCACACUUCCAGCCAGGCUUCCAGCCAUGCCGUCUCUGUCAGAGACCCAGGAGGAAGAUUCACAAGUGCUGAAUCUUCCACCCUCCCCGGACUGUUCUCAGUCUGAGUACUCACAGCUCCAGGACUCAGAACUUCCCUCCGGCCAAAGAGAACCAGACUUCCCGGACCCUUCUCAACCCGAGGAUACGCAGCUUCCAUCCAGCCAAGCAGAGACUCUCACCGGAGCGGAUGAAUACGACGGGUGGGUUCGCUUCGGCUUCAUCAAAGCUGUGAAAACUGUGGUGCAUCAUCUUCUGUACAAUGCCAUUGAAAAGUACAUGCAUGAUAAGUGGAACGGAUGUAGCACGGGCCGUCCUAGUUUGAGUGACCCUGAACGUUGGGAGCAUCUUGAGGAUGGGUUCUUUGAAAGCAAUUACUAUCGUGUAAUGCCUGUGCUUUGUAACGCACGUUUCAUCGAUGCCGUUCAACAGUUUCUAGCCGCUCGCAACAUCCAUCAAGACAACGGCACAGUCAGCGCAGUUGCACAAGCUUACUUGUACGAAUUGACGCUGGUCAAGCAGGUGUAUGAUCCUAUCAAUAAGGUGUUUGACCAGGUGAUUCAAGAAAGCUCUGAAUUCAGAGAUCAGCUUCUAGCCGCCUCGCAGUACUGGAGGGGAUGCUGA